AUGGGAAAGAAAAUCAAUUGGUUUACUUGUGUGAAAAGACUUUUCAUCCCUGAAUCUAAACCAAAAGCUGAAAAGAAAUCAAAGGGAUGGAAAUGGCUAUUUCGAAGAUUAAAGUUCAGACGGUUCCCUGCGCUUGAAGCACCUGAUCAGAAAACGCUAAUUGAGGCAACAGAAGAGCAGAGAAAGCGUUCUUUGGCUGUUGCCAUUGCGACAGCAGCUGCAGCUGAAGCUGCCGUGGCUGCAGCAAAUGCUGCUGCCGAGGUGGUCCGGAUGACAAAUAUUCAUUGUCAAUUUGAAAGGAAAAACCAAAAUUCUGCUGCUAUUAAAAUUCAAAGUAUUUACAGAGGACACCUUGCUAGGAAAGCACUAAAUGCACUGAAGGGACUGGUGAAGCUUCAAGCAGUAGUUCGAGGUGAGCUUGUGAGACGCAGAGUGGUUCAAAAACUGAGGCGAAUCUCAUCAUUGGCAAAGACAGAAUCACAACAACAUCAAAUGGCUCUUCCAACACUGAAUCAAUAUCAUGAUCAUGAUCAAAAGAAGCAAAGUUUUAGCCUAAAGGAAGUGAUCAGAUCUGAAGAACUAAAGGCAAACCACCGCAAGUUCAAUGAAAAUCACACAAGUCCCCUCAAAUUGUUUACUUUAUGA